AUGUCGCAAUCACCACUCUCCGGCGCCGCUAAUGCUGGCGAGCUUGACGCCAGUCGACGACUUGUCAAUCCUAUCCAUGCAGAAAGGCACGUGCGCAUCAUUUGCGUUGGUGCUGGCGCAUCGGGUCUCUUGAUGGCAUACAAGAUCCAAAAACACUUCGAGAACUUCAGUCUUCAAUUAUACGAGAAGAAUCCCGAAGUCUCUGGAACUUGGUAUGAGAAUAAAUACCCAGGUUGUGCCUGCGACGUCCCCUCACACAACUACACCUGGAGCUUUGAGCCAAAGCUAGACUGGUCGGCUGUCUACCCCCCCGCGAAAGAGAUCUUCGAAUACUUCGACGGUUUUGCAAAUAAAUACGAUCUGAAGCGGUUCAUCAAGACUCAGCACCAGGUUGUUGGCGCCUACUGGAACAACAGCAAAGGAGGCUAUGAUGUCAAGGUCAAAGAUCUUGUCAGCGGCAAAGUUACUAGUGACCAUUGCGACAUCUUAGUCAAUGCCGGCGGCAUCCUCAACAACUGGAAGUGGCCUGCAAUCCCCGGGCUGGACAAUUACAAGGGAACGUUACUCCACACUGCGAACUGGGAUGAGUCAGUCUCCUUGGAAGGAAAGCAUGUCGGUCUCAUCGGUAAUGGAUCUUCCGGUAUCCAGGUUCUCCCCGCCAUCCGCGAGAAGUGCGCCAAAGUGACGACUUUCAUCCGAGAACCCACCUGGGUCUCCCCCGUUCAGGGUUUGGAACAGCACCUGUUCACGCAAGAGGAGCGUGAUGAGUUUGUCAACAAACCGGGGUCACUCACUAAGUAUCGCAAGGGCAUUGAGACUGGUCUAAAUGCGCAGUUCGGAAUUUUCCUCAAGGACAACCAAGUGAACCAGGAUACCCAUACCUACAUGCUGCAGCAGAUGAAGGAAAAGAUUGGCGACGCAUACCUCGAGGAGAAGUUGGUUCCCCAGUGGAGUGUUGGUUGCCGCAGACUGACACCGGGAGUCAACUACCUCGAGUCUUUGACCAAACCAAACGUCGAGGUGGUUUACGGAGAAAUCAACUCAAUCACAGAAAGAGGUCCGCUCUGCGACAACGGGAAGGAGUAUCCUGUUGAUGUUCUAAUCUGCGCCACUGGAUUCGACACCACAUUCAAGCCUCGUUUCCCUGUCAUCAACCCUCAGGGCGACAACUUGCAAGAGAAGUGGGCUGGUGAUCCCGAAUCUUACUUCGGUGUCGCUGCUGUGGAUUUUCCGAAUUAUCUCUUCACUCUAGGGCCCAAUUGCCCCAUUGGAAACGGCCCUGUCCUUUCUGCCAUCGAAGCCCAGGUUGACUGGAUGUGCAAGGUCAUUGACCGUUUCCAGACCACCAAUAUCGCACAGUUCUCACCGAAGAAAGAGUCUGUUGAAGACUUCAUUCAGUACAAAAAUUGGUUUAUGAAGCAGACUGUUUGGGCAGACUCUUGCCGGUCCUGGUAUAAGAGCCGCCCUGAUGGCCCAAUUCUGGCUCUCUGGCCUGGGUCAACCCUUCACUACAUUGAGUGCCUACGCGAUGUCCGUUAUGACGAUCUGGAGAUCAAAUACGCUGGCAACCGGUUCUCCUGGUUGGGUAAUGGAUACUCGAGAACCGAACUUGACCCAACCGCAGACUUGGGUUACUACAUUCGAGAAACAGAUGACGACCCCCCAUUGAGCACUGCUGGACGUCGCAAAAUUCUCAGCAAGAGUGGGACCGUGGUUGGAGAGAGAGAGAUGGUGAGCUGGUCUAGCGGGCCUUCAGAGGAAGCUCCACAGAAGCAGACCUUUAGGCUCUAA